AUGAUACGGGCCGUGGAGCUACGAACACUCCCCGGCUCCGGCAGCGUUUCAAGAUGGGAGCGUUCGCAUAUGUUCCGGGAGCAAAGGGCGGAAGAGACGGAUAGAACCCCCAAUGCCCUGCUUUGUGUUCCUGGUAUAAUCCUUGUUGCGGUAGUAGGGUUCGAUAGCAUGGGAGUAAUCUUGCCCAUGGAUAUAAAGCAACUUCCGGUAGGGAACCUAGAUCAGCUAACUACCCGACGCUGCAAUUGGCUACGGGCCGCCUUCAGGGAAGCGGUGACACUGCGCACACAUGCAUAUAAAGGCAAGGUGAAUCCUUAUACAGUCCUUGUGACAGAUCCUGCUACGCUCUGGAUAUUUAGUGGUUUAGCCUGA